AUGCACAUAGUACUGAAACUUGGCAGUGAGACCAUUUCUGAGUAUGCCUCCCGCGUCUUAUCAAAUACCUAUACUUGUGUCUGGUGUCAGUCACCGAUAGAAGUCAACUGUCCUCUCUUGUCGCAUCUAUGUCUAGCAACUAGACGCGAUGAGGGGUAG